AAAGUGUACCAAAAAAGAAAUGGAGAGAAUAUUUUCGAAAGGGCCACCAAGGAAAAUGGGAGAAGAGAGGGAGUAUUCAAAAGGUACGUACGUGUAGGCUGUAGUCGUCCCGGAGUGGGAACUUGGCCUCGAGAGCGACUGUUUCUGAAAUGGGCGGAGGAGAGAACAACCGGGAGUGGGAAUUUCACAUGAGAUCAAUCGCUUCCGGCGCUCGAGACUCUAACGCCGCCGUCGAUCCUUCACUUCUCAAUUCCGUCAAGAGGCUUUGUGAAUUGUGUAAAAACGAAAAAUCAGAAGAAUCUAUAGCUAGAAUCUAUCCUCAUCUCAAUCGGAUCUUUCAACGAGCAGUGGCCUCAAUUGGUCAAUCCCAAACCUCAUGUGGCCUUCUUCUACUGGCAAUUGUCCAAUUUUUUCUUGAUUUUGGAGAUGCGGUUCUGCAUGAUGCUGAUCCCAGUUUAAGAACUUUCUUUAGAUCAUGCCUAAGCCGUGAAUUUGCAGACCCUGCUGUAGCAGAAGCAACCCUAUAUUUCUUGGAAAAAAACAAGAGAAAGCUGUCAAGUGCUUUCCCUGCUUUACUCCCUCAGUUUUUCCCAUUGCUUCUGAAGCUGCUAGCUUGGAAUGGAGAGAAGUUGGAAUCAAUAUUUCUUAGAGUAUUUCCUGGGUUGAUUUCCAUAGGCUCAUUUUUGCCGCUAUUUCCACCACUUCUCGACUUGCCAAUAUUGGCUGUGGCAUUGGAAAAGGUAGAGAAGAGUUCAGGCCCGCUAGUUGGAAACAGCAUAGCUUCAAUUCAGAAGAGCACUGCCCCUGAGAUGCUGCUAGCACUCAUGGAUGAAGCGUAUACUGGAUCAACAGUAGGAGAUGCUGGCACAGAUGUCGAAUCCGUGGACAACACAAUUGCCAUAUCUGAUCCACUUUUUCUCGAACUUCUCAAGGAUGAGAAUGAUGGUCUUGCUGAGCGCAAUUGGACAUCUCCUGCCAUGACUGCAACUUUGCAGGCUGUAACUAAUGCUCCUCAGUCUGAUAGACUGAAGCAGGCUCUCAGAAUUGCACCUAGGCUUCUUGAUGUCUACUUCACUACAGCAAUCCAUGAUGUCAAUGAUGCACUUUUAUGCUCUCUUAUCCCCAUCCUCAUGGUCAGAUAUUCCAUGCUGUUUCCUGACAAAAUUUUCUCCUAUGAGGUGCAAAAAAGGAUUUUAGAAUUCAUGCUUGCGGCAUUCCACCGUUCUCCUAGUUUUGUUGCACUUUUGAAGAAGCCUAUAACAGAUAGACUUGGUGAAGCUUACAAUAGUUUUGCAAAGACUGAAUUGGCAUUACAAUUAUGUUGGGCUAUUGGGGAGUAUGGAGGAGGCGGGGAAUCCUAUAAAGAUGCUGCUCGUGAACUUUUUGAGAGCUUGGAACUACUAUUGUAUGAAAACCUCUCCUCAAGCCGGCUGGGCAUGGGAGAAGCAGCUAUUGGCGGCUCAAACAGUUUGUCAUUUAGAAAAUCUUCACAAUCUAGGCUUUUAUGCUUUGUUGUAACAGCAAUAGCAAAGCUUGCCACAUCUCAUCGUGAGUUACUUCCAAGAGCCCGUGUAUCAUUGGCUAAGGUUGCCAGAUCUCGAACUACAGAUGUGAGGGUUUGGAGCCGUGCACGAGAUUGUCUAGGCUUAAUGAAUGAGCCUGCAAUAUGCUUAUCGGUGUUGGGGCCCUGUAAACCUACAAGUGGUGCGGGUGUACAACGUCCAGGCACUGUAAAUUGGAGUGAAGGUGGCACACAAAUGGUUGCCCACAUUCCCUUCUAUAUUUUAGGUAAAGAAGAUGAAGGCCUUCUUUCCCAUGAUUUCUCAUUAAUGGAUAUUCUUCCACGAAAGUAAUUCUAUUUGGAGGAAGAGGUAUGUAUAAUUCAUACAAGAUAGGUGCCGAUAUAUACAUUACGGGACACCCCCUUCUUUUCUAGGAAGAUAUAGUAGGAACACAAACUGCAGCACUAAUGAAAAUCUUUUGUAAGGGGCCUUCUCUUCCUCAACUUUUUUAACAUCUUUAAUUUUAACUGUCUAUGGUUAUAGAUAU